AUGAGCUCCUUGUACGACCAGAACCGCUUGGAGGAGGAGCUGAACCGGGUCAACUGUAGCGACGAGGACCUGCCCUUUGAGUACUUGUUUGAAUAUGAAGCACCUUGCAACAGCGAGACUGAGGGAGGACCUCAAGAUGACCCCAAUCUUACAUCUCACAAGGUCCUCAGUCCUGAGUCGGAGCAAGCCUUCCCCCUGGAGGAGGUCUCCCCUUACGCUAUCAAGUCCUGUAGUCGUAGCUACAUUGAGCAGCAGACAGAGGUUCUGGCAGGAUAUGACAAUCAGCAAGCACGGAACUACCUGGACAGUACCCGACCCGCAGGUUUAUCCUUGAGCCCUCGCAUCGAAAUCACGCCAUCGCGAGAGCACUACAGCCAAUCUCGCGACUCCCUGCAGAACCACCAGACGAGCGUCAACAGCCCCCGACCCACCUUGACCGUUCCCGGCCAUGAGAACCUCUCCUACCGUGAGCCUCAGUGCCUGAGCCCAGCCAGCAGCAACUCAUCCACCAGCUGGCAUUCAGAGAGCUACUCCCCUUGGGCAUCCCCCUGCGUGUCCCCCAGUAGCGGCCACAACCCUGGAGACCUGUGCCCUCGGUUACAGAACAUCCACACUGGCUCCCCGCGCACCUCUCCGGGUACAUCGCCGAGCACCGGCGUAACUGAGGACGGAUACCUGAGAACGUGCUCGCCUUCCCCGCGACCGGGCUCCCGCUCCACCUCUCCACAGGGCAAACGCACCUACGACAUGUACAGGAAUCCCAAUUUGGUCCCCGCCAUCCGCUCUCGCAGCCCCUCCCCGCACGGCGGGCACGAAGAUCACAACAUGGGGCCCCACUAUCCGCACGGCACCUUGCCCGAUACCAUGAACGGUUUUAACUUGCCUUCUAAACUAGUCAAGACUUCCAACCAGGUAUACACUCUGUACCCAGAGCAUCAUGGCGAGGCGAACUACUUGGUGUCCUGUGAACAGGAGUCAAAGAGUAAACCUGCUCCGGAACCUUUCUUUGUCAUCCCUCCCAUCUGGUCAAAGCCACUGGUUUCCAGCAUUUGCAGCAUCCCGUUGGCAUCACUCCCACCUCUGGAAUGGCCCAUGCCUAGCCGCACAGACCACUAUGAGCUCCACAUUGAGGUACAGCCUAAAGCGCACCACAGAGCUCACUAUGAGACGGAAGGAAGCAGAGGCGCCGUCAAGGCUCACACAGGAGGACACCCUGUGGUGCAGUUGCGCGGUUACAAAGGCAAAGAGGCGCUGGGUCUGCAAAUCUUUAUCGGCACAGCAGACGAGCGCAUUCUCAAGCCGCAUGCAUUUUACCAGGUGCACCGCAUCACCGGCAAGACCGUGACAACAAACAGUUUUGAGAAGAUGGUCAGUGGCACCAAGGUCCUGGAGAUGCCCCUGGAACCAAAGAACAACAUGAGAGCAAUAAUCGACUGCGCCGGGAUCUUGAAACUGCGAAAUGCCGACAUCGAGCUCAGGAAGGGCGAGACGGACGUUGGGCGAAAAAACACACGCGUCCGCCUCGUGUUCCGCGUGCACAUACCUCAGCCCGGAGGACAGCACGUCUCCCUGCAAGUGGCCUCGCAUCCCGUUGAGUGUUCUCAGCGUUCAGCACAUGAACUUCCAAUUGUAGAGAAGCAGGACUCAGACAGCUGCUCUGUUCUGGGAGGCCAACAGAUGAUACUGAGCGGACACAACUUCAGCGCAGAUUCCAAAGUGGUUUUCAUGGAGAAAACGCAGGAUGGGAUGCAAAUUUGGGAAAUGGAGGCGACUGUGGACAAAGACAAAAGCCAACCUAGCAUGCUGUUUGUGGAGGUACCGGCCUACCGUGACUCGUCCCUUUGCCAUCCUGUCAAAGUGACCUUCUGUGUGGUCAACGGGAAGCGAAAACGUAGUCAGCCUCGUCAUUUCACCUACACACCGCUGGCAUCGCCAUCCAUCAAGACCGAGCCCCUAGAUGAGUAUGACUACAACCGCUUGAGCUUUGCCAUGCCCCCAAUCAUGGGCAUCCUCCCUCAUUCCCACUACCACAACACACACAUACUCCACCCCGAUCACAGCCUUGUUUCCAACAUGGCCUCGUGCCAGCGCCUCGGCUCCAGCCUCCCAGGCCAAGAAUCCCACUUCCCGAACCAGAGCCCGGCCAUUGUCUUCUCUCGUGCAGGGAAAAGCCUGAGCAGCAGCCCGGCGGCCUAUCAGCACACUGUGCCGUUGACCCCCGAACCCCAACGUUCCGUCCUGGUUCACACAGGCUCUCAGGCACCACCUGCUGACACAAUGAGUGCUGGCAAGCACACUUCUAUCAUCCAGUUCUCCCCCACCAACCAACACCUGCUUCGUGCAGGCGACCAAGCGCAGCUUGACAACAGUCCCAUCGUUUUUUGCGAUGACUACUCUCCACAGGGGACCCACCGGUCUCCGCCCACACCCGGGAAUGCCCCUCAGCAAUACCCAACCGUGAUUCAGCAGCAAACAUAUGUUGACAAGGAGCAGCAAAAAGACAGAGCACCUCCUGGUGGGACACCAACAGACAGAGCCAGGAGGGUGACGGUGAAGGAGGAGAACCUGGAUCAGGCCUACCUAGAUGAUGUGAAUGAGAUCAUAUGCAAGGACCUGACUGAUGGCCCCACUCAAGGGCCGUCCUAG